CCGCGCGGCCGGCGCGCGCUCGGAGGCGCCAUUUCUGUAGAGGGGAGCGGCGGCGCAGUCUGCGAACAUGGCGCUGUUCCCAGCCUUUGCGGGUGUUAGUGAGGCCGCCGACAGCGGGAGCUCCAGGAAAGAAUUAGACUGGCUGAGCAACCCAAGCUUCUGUGUUGGAACCAUAAUACCACCGAGCCAGCAGCUGGAAGAAGCCCCAAACCUUGUUCCUGAGGGGCCACCACUGACCAGGAGUCCUUUGAAAUCAGAGCCUUCAGAUGAAAGUGACACUAACAAAAAACUCAAACAAACAAGCAGGAAAAAGAAGAAAGAGAAAAAGAAGAAAAGGAGACAUCAGCACCACAAGAAAACCAAGAGAAAACAUGGGCAGUCGAGUGGCAGCACAUCUGAGCCAGAUACUGACGCUGAAAGGGACAAAUCUUCUAGAAGCAACAGUAAAAGGGAAUCUGAGAAACCAAAUCAAGAAAAUCAUGCUGCUGCAGAUAUUGGACAUCGGUGUGUUUGGCUGGAGGACAUUCAGGCUGCGACGGGAGAAACCUUCCGAACAGAUAAGAAACCAGAUCCUGCAAACUGGGAGUAUAAGUCUCUCUACCGGGGGGAUAUAGCAAGAUACAAGAGGAAAGGAGACUCCUGCCUGGGCAUUAACCCUAAGAAGCAGUGUAUAUCUUGGGAAGGGGCUCCCAUGGAAAAGAAGAAUUCACACAAGCAUGUUGAACGCUAUUUUACCAAGAAGAACGUGGGAUUGAUGAGCAUUGAUGGAGCUGCUGUUAGCAGUAAAACCGAACCUCCCUCAUCUGAGGCGGCCUCGUUUAUACCAGUGAAGGACUCGGAGGAUGUGGCUCCUUCCGUCACCACCUGGAUGAACCCUCUGGGGAUUUACGACCAUUCCACCACGCAGUGGUUACAAGGACAGGGCCCUUUGGAGCAAGAGACAAAGCUGCCAGACUCACAGCCAGACAGAGAGAAUGCUGUUCUCAAGGCCAAGGUGGAGGAAUUUAACAGGAAGAUUCGGGAGAAUCCUCAGGACAUUGAGCUGUGGAUGGCAUUUGUCGCUUUUCAGGACGAGGUCAUGAGAAGGCCAGGCCUGUAUGCCCUUGACGAAGGAGAGCAGGAGAAGCGAAAGCGGUCCCUGAAGCUCACCCUGGAGAAGAAGCUGGCUAUCCUGGAGCGGGCCAUCGAGAGCAACCCAAGCAGCGUCGACCUGAAACUCGCCAAGCUGAAGCUCUGCACGGAGUUCUGGGAGCCCGCCACUCUGGUCAAAGAGUGGCAGAAGCUGAUAUUCUUGCACCCCAACAAUACAGCCCUUUGGCAGAAGUACCUUCUAUUUUGCCAGAGUCAAUUUAGCACCUUCUCGGUAUCAAAAAUUCACAAUCUUUAUGGAAAAUGCUUGAGUACUUUGUCUUCCGUUAAGGACGGCAGCAUCUUAUCUCAUCCCGUGUUGCCUGGCACUGAGGAGGCCAUGUUUGCUCUCUUUCUUCAGCAGUGCCACUUUCUGCGGCAGGCUGGCCACUCGGAGAAGGCAGUCUCUUUGUUCCAGGCCAUGAUUGACUUCACCUUCUUCAAACCUGACAGUGUGAAAGAUCUGCCUACCAAAGGACAGGUGGAAUUCUUUGAGCCCUUUUGGGACAGCGGCGAGCCCCGGGCUGGGGAGAAGGGGGCCCGAGGCUGGAGAGCAUGGAUGCACCAGCAGGAGCGGGGCGGCUGGGUGGUCAUCAACCCAGAUGAGGAUGACGAUGAGCCGGAAGAGGAUGACCAGGAAAUAAGAGAUAAGACCCUGCCCAGGUGGCAGAUCUGGCUUGGUGCUGAGCGUUCCCGAGACCAGAGGCAUUGGCAACCUUGGCGCCCUGAUAAGACCAAGAAGCAAACCGAGGAAGAUUGUGAGGAUCCAGAGAGGCAGGUGUUGUUUGAUGAUAUUGGACAGUCUCUGAUCAGACUCUCAAGCAGAGAUCUCCAGUUUCAGCUGGUUGAAGCCUUCCUGCAGUUCUUGGGUGUGCCUUCUGGCUUUGCGCCCCCAGUCUCCUGCCUUUAUCUGGCCAUGGAUGAAAACAGCGUCUUCGUUCACAGACUUUCUGAUGAAAAGCCAUUGACUUGUUCUACCCCUUCCUUUGCCGGCGUGGGCUGUGUUGGCCGCAUGGACCGCUUGGGCUGUCAGCGCUGGAGCAGGGGGCACAACCGAGAGGGCGAGGAGUUUAUCCGUAACAUCUUCCACCUGGUGAUGCCUUUGUUCUCAGGCGAGGAGAAGUCUCGGCUCUGCUUCUCCUGGUUACGGCACGAGACGGCAAAGGUCAUUUGGUGUCUGCAAACUAAAAACAAGAAGAAAUUAAAGUCACAAGGAAGGAACUGCAAAAAACUAGCCAAGAGUCUCCUGAAGGAGCCAGAAAACUGCAGUAGUCUGUGCCUCUGGAGGCAGUAUGCACAUCUGGAGUGGCUGCUGGGCAAUACAGAGGAUGCCAGGAAGGUUUUUGAUACGGCACUCAGCAUGGUGGGAGCCAGGGAGCUGAAGGACGCUGCGCUCUGUGAGCUCAGUCUUCUGUAUGCGGAACUGGAGGUGGAGCUGCUGUCGGACUUGAGAGGGGCCGCCACGUCCAGAGCUGUCCAUGUACUAACCAAACUGACCGAGAGCGGUCCCUACGGGCCCUACUCUGGGCAGGUCUUGGCUGUUCACAUUCUGAAGGCCCGGAAGGCUUACGAGCGAGUGCUUCAGGACUGCUUGGACGAGAGCUGCAUCCCAGACCCAGCUCCCACCGACUCCUUUAACUGCCUGGUCAGCUUGGUCAGAUGCUUUAUGCUCUUCCAGUACUUGACCAUGGGCAUUGAUGCUGCUGUGCAGAUAUACGAGCAGGUAUUUACGAAACUGAAGGGCUCUGUGUCCCGUGAAGGCACUGGCCUGGAGCACAGCGGCAGCCCCCGGAGCCUGGCCAGCGCUCUGGAAGCUGUCACACUGAUGUACACGAGUCUGCUCCAGUUCCACGUGAAAGUUAGCGUUUACCCUCUGACCCCUUUGCGAGAGGCACUCUCUGAGGCUUUGAAGUUGUAUCCGGCCAACCAAGCUCUUUGGAGGUCAUAUGUUCAAAUUCAAAACAAGUCCCACAGUGCCAGCAAGACCAGAAGAUUCUUUGAUGCGAUCACCAGGUCCACCAAAUCCUUGGAGCCUUGGUUGUUUGCAAUUGAAGCCGAGAAAAUGAGGAAAAGACUGGUGGAAACUGUUCAGAGGGUAGAAGGUGGAGAAGUACAUGCCACAAUCCCUGAGAGCGGCUUAACAAACCGAAUCAAAGCCCUGUUUGAACAUGCGAUCCAGAGUGACAACGGCAGCCAGUGCCCCUUGCUGUGGAGAAUGUACUUGAACUUUUUGGUUUCCUUAGGAAAUAAAGAAAGAAGCAAAGGUGUGUUCUACAAAGCACUUCAGAAUUGUCCCUGGGCAAAGGUGUUAUACAUGGAUGCUGUGGAGUACUUCACAGAUGAGAUGCAGGAGAUCCUGGACCUGAUGACCGAGAAGGAGCUCCGGGUGCGACUGCCAGUGGAGGAGCUGGAGCUCCUGCUUGAAGAUUAGAGACCCGGAGAACAAGGCCCGCGGCACCAAGGACGGUGGCUGCCCUGCUGGAGCCUGGACGAGCACCGAGGAACUUGGGCAGGCUGCAUUGCCUGUGUGUGUACGCACACGCACGUGCUGAGAGACCUCUACUUUUGAGAUACUGUUUCUUGACCCUUUGUGUCUGGGUUAUCAGUCUCCCACAUCUUGCACUGUUUAGAUGUGUAAAUGACACAAAAGCUAUUGUUUUACAUAUUAUAUAUGUGUGUAUGCACAUAGAUGAAUAACUGUGCCAAGUGAUAAUUAAACCUAUGGUGGUUGAGGUGCGUGUAGGUUCUUGUUCAUUCUGUCCUUACUCUGCCCAGCCAACACCAGCCCUGCCCUGGUGAACACGUCCCCUCACCUCCUUGGUGGGCCCGCCAAGCCCUCUGUGGUCUUCCAGUUGCAAUUAGGAAGGUCUGAGACCAGUUUGGACUUAGAGGUCUGGUUACUCAACACUAGGGCCUUCUCCCCCAGGGGGUUAGUAGAUUACCAGUUUCGCCCUCAUCUUCACAGGGAGGCUGGCUCUACCAGCAGAGUCAUCUAAAUCUUGGUGUCGGGUCUGUCUCAACUGUGUCCAAAGUUCAUAAUGCCCUACGUCCCUCUACUCAGGUGAUGCCUGUGCCUGUGGGCUGACAGCAUCACCUGAGAGCCUGUUAGAAAUGAAGAACAUGCAGUCCCACUCCGAGGUAUUUACCCAGAGAAUUGAAAGCAGGAACUCUGAUACCUGUGUACCAGUGUUCGUUGCAGCAUUAUUCACAAUAGCCAAAAGGUGCAAACAGCCCACCUGCCCAUCAACAGAUGAAUGGUAAACAGGGUGUGAUAUAUCCGUACAAUGGAAUAUUAUCCAGCCAAAGAAAAUGAGCUUGUUACGGGUGAUGGAAAAUUACGGAAAUUAUCAUGGUGAUGAUUGCACAACACCAUGAACACAACGUCCUUGAGUUUUGCAUGUAAAGAAUGUUGAAAUGACAGUUUUGUUUUUUUUUACAGAUAUAUUUAGCACAAUUUUAAAAAAAGUGGUGUAGAGUCGUACAGAGGAAAAAGAAGGCAUGAGGCUGAGUGCUUGCUUCUAUAGAGGCCACCAUCUUGAUCCCAAGAAUGUUGGACUCAGUGACUGGGAAAAAAUUAGACUGUUAGAAAUACCAAAAUAAAAGAAAGUGAGAAAAACCACACAGCAAUAUGUUACAAAUAAAAAUUGACAUCUAACUAGAAAUACCAAAGGCUAUAAAGAUUGAGUCAGGGAACAUUAGGUUUGGUACAGAUAAUACAAAUACUGAAACCACAGUGGGCUAAAUUGCACGUUGCAAGUUUUGUGAAUCACUGACAUUUGAUGAAAGAAUAAAGUAUUGCUGGCCGAGUUUACAGCUGGUCGGUAGUUCGAACCCACCAGAGGCUGCACAGGAGAAAGGUGUGGCAGUCAGCUACUGUAAAGAUUUACAGCUUUGGAAAUCUGCGUGGCAGUUCUCCGUUCUACAGGGUCACUAUGAGUCGGCAAUGGCUUAAGCCGUACAGAGUUUUUGUGAAGGGGGAUGAAGAAGUUCGGAAACGGCCAGUGGUGAUUGUUGGCAUGACAUGGUGAAUGCAGUUAAUGUCACUGGUCUGUACACGUAAAAAUGGUUGAAAUGUUCUGUUAUAUACAGAAAUUUUACCAGAAUAAAAAUUGAAAACACGCAGCUCCUCAGGCUCUCCUGCAGCGGGACAUGUUGACUGCCGGCACCCCCCUGGGACUUCCGGGGAUUGGUAAACUCCUUGAAAGCCUGAAAGGUGAGUAGGCACCUCCCAAGAUGACUGGCCAACUGGGUGGGUUGAGAGGGGUUCUUGAGUUCCUUCAAGUCUACGUGACCGAUUGCGUAGCGUUUUCUCAGGAAUGCUAAUGACUUCCUUGAAGGAGUUGCAGACCACGUCAGACCACAGCAGCCAUAGCAGGUUUGGGACAAUGCUCUCUCAGGACAGAAGCAGGAGCCACAGCUCGGGCACUGCUGGGCCUGCGAAGUGCAGUCUGGAAGCCAGCUUUGCCUGGUCCACCCCAGGCUGCAAGGUGCCCCUGGGCUGUGUCCCCGAGGAAGCAGGCAGCUGCUUGGUCAGGAGCAUGUUGCUUGUAAGAUACACGUAUUUACGAAUUAUUUUUCUCUAAAAAAGGAGAGGCAAGGUGACCCCUGGAGAAGACCACAUGCUUGUGGCAGAGGGAGGUAGAGCGGGUCCAUCCGACACGACACGUGAGGAAGGGCUCCCAGCAGACGUUUCCAUGAGCUUCCAAGAACCAGGGGCAGACAGGGCUGUUCUGCUCCUGCACACUAGCCCCUAGCAGCCAGAGAAGAGUCACGCCCCGAGAGGCCUGUCGUCCACCAAGCUCUUCAUCCCUGUGUCCCUGUGCCAGCAGAGACUUAGUGGCCAUUACAGAAAUGGUUAUUGCAGCGUUACAUUGGUCACCAAGCCAACAGGAGAGGCGGCUGCUGGCACAGGGUGCAGUUGAGGGUAGGCAGCUGUUGAGUGGGAGGCAGCAUUAGCCUGUUACCCCGCCGUAACCCCCACUGCCCCACCCUGCCCCUCUUCUAGGCCCUGUCGUUCACAUUUGCUUUGGUUUCUUUUGUAGAGUUGACACAAGGGGGACUAUCCCUAUGGUUGUUGCUGGGUGCCGUUGAGUUGAUUUUGACUCACAGCGACCCCAUGUGAUGGAGCAGAACUGCCCUAUGGGGUUUUCGAGGCCGUAAUCUUUAUGGGAGCAGAUCAUCAGGUCCUUCUCCAGAGGAGCUGCUGGAAAGGUUCAAAUCGCCAACAUACACAUAAUCUCAAAGCAGUCUCAAACUUACAGGCAAGCAACUGCAGGAUAGAGAACUUUUGUCCUGAACCACUUCAGAGUAAGUUGCUGAUAGUGUCCUGCAUAACCACAAUACAACCUCCAAGUGCAGGCAUCAGACAGGGUACAACAGCCCCAUCUAAUUCUCAGGCCCCAGGUAAGCUUGACAAUUGUCCCAGUAAUGUCCUUUGUAGGAAAAGGACCCAGCUUAGGAUCCUGAGUCGCACUUGUCACUUCCCUUGAAGGCUCUUCACCCUGCGGCAUUCCUCAGUUCCUGACUUGGACACGUGUGAAGGGUUUAAAAAAAAAACAAAAAAACAAACCCCUUGUCGUCGAGUCAAUUUCGACUCAUAGCGACCCUAUAGGACAGGGUAGAACGGCCCCACAGGGUUUCCAAGGAGUGCCUGGUGGAUUCGAACUGCUGAUCUUUUGGUUAGCAGCCAUAGCUCCCAACCACUACCCCACCAGGUCUUCCUUAUGUGUAGAGUACAGGGCCACGUUUGGCAGGAUGCUCCUCAGCUUGAGUUUGCUGAGGGAGGAGGACCACAGCAGUGACACCUCCCGGGUGGCACGCACGUUUGAUAUGUUCAUUACUGAGGACGCUCAUUUUGAUCACUUGACUGAGGUGGUGUCUGCUGGGCUGCUCCACUGUGAGGUUGCUCUUUCCCUCUGCAGUUAACGCAUUUUGUGGGAAGGUACUUCGAAACUAUCGCAUUCUUCAUCAAACUUUCAAUUUACAUUAUCAGUUUGGGCUCAUGCUUUCGUAUUUUUAUUCAAAGGGUUAUUUGUUAUUGUGUGCUAUCGUGUCGAUUCUGGCUCAUAGUGACCCCACGUGACAGAGUAGAACUGCCCCAUAGGGUUUCCUAGGCUGUGAUCUUUACGGGGGCAGAUCACCAGGUCUUUUUUCUCCCACAGAGCUGCUGGGUGGGUUCAGACUGCCAAUCUUUUGGUUGGUAGCUGAGUGCUUAACCGUUGCACCAGCAGGGCUCCUUUGCCUUGACUAUGAUGCCCUUUAUAGAACACCACAACGCUGCCAUCAGAGAAGCCUUUUCUUCCUCAGCAGCAGUGAUGGAGUGUGCUGACCUAGCUACACUCCUUUGCCUUUGCUGUCAGACACUAGUCUUUUCUCCGUGGAGCAGCUGGUGGGUACUCCAUUGUUAAUUGUCCCCGAUUUGACCCCUACAAACAGGCUCCUCUGUCCUUCAGACGCGUCCCCGUCGUUCUCUGAGCCCUACCUUGCUCUCUGGCACUACGUAUUCAGGGUCAUCUUGUACUUGAGCUGCCCAGCCCUGCCUCCUUCGUGCAGAGUGGAUUUGGAAGCAAAGAUGUGGGUGCUAGGUGUGCCCAUUACUAUUGGGGUGUCGCUGCUCCCAAGUCUUCUCAGGGGUCAGAGUUCAUUCCGGUUUUCUUCCUUUCUGUACCUGUAACUCCUUUCAGGCAUUGAGAAACUGGCUUCCACCAUCUUUAGUAAUAGUUAUUUUGCCUACUUGACUGUCCUCGUAUGUAACCACCGUCCUCUCUGCUGCCCGUGACUCCCACAAAAGGUCACUCCCACCCCUGCACGUAAACCCAAUUUGGGCUCCAACACCCGUAUCAGGCGAGUCCCCAUGCUGUGCCCUGUCCCCGUGUGGGCAGCCCUAGCACCUGGUGCUGAGCCCUCCUCCCCCACAUACACUGUGCCCAUCCUGUGCUGGCUACCCCAGGAGUAUAAUGUCUUCACCCUGUGCUGGGCCACCCCCAUGUGGGAUGCUCUGAGGUAGGCAGGGUAACAGCUCCUCAAAGAAAGGUUUCUGCACGAAGAUGUUCCUGGAACCUGUGAAUGCUACAUUUUAAAAUUCCAUUUUGUAAAUGGAAUUGUCUAUAGACUUUAAGAUGGGGAUGGAUGAUCCUGGCUUAUCUGGGUGGGCCCAAGGCAAUCACAUGGGCCCUUAACCGUGGAGGAGGAAAGCAGAGGUGCGAUAACGAAAGGAGGGAUUUAAAACUGAGGGACUCAACCUGCUGUUGCUAGUUUUGAAGUCAGAGGAAGGAGCCAUGAGCCAAGAACGAGGGCAGCCUCUAGAAGCUGGGAAGGGCCCUCAGCUGACAGCCAGCAAGGAAAUGGGAACCUCGGUCCUAUAACUGCAAGAAAUUGAGUUCUGCCAACAACCUUAAUGACAAAGGAAAUGAAUUCUCAAACCUCCAGAAAGGAGUGCAGCCCUGCCCACACCUUGAUUUUACCCUGCUUAGACCCGUGUCGGACUUCUGACCUCCAGAACCUCAAGAUAAUAAAUUUGUGUUGUGUAAGCUGCUAAGUGUGUGGUAAUUUGCUGUGGCGGCAACAGAAAGUGAAUAUACCUUGUUCUCACCCUACUUGGGUUCCAACAUCCCACACCAGGUCACCUGCCAACACAUACCUUGAUGUGCCCCACUUAGUGGCUUUAACAACGACUGAAUUGCUCAGGAAGAAAAGCGAGGGAGGAAACAAGGGGGAUGGGACAGGGAGCUCUGAAGUAUUUUUGAACACUCUUAAAAGGAUAAGAUUUCUGAACCAAAGAGCAGGGCUGGGGAUUCUUUAGCCCUAACCUUUUAAGAGAUUUCUGUAAGGAACCCUGAGUCUCUUGGGGAAAAUCAAUACUUCUUUCCUGUCCCCAGAAUGCCAAGAACUCACAAGUGCCAAAAAAAUCCCAAAAGGAAAGCUGUGUUUCCUUCUCUUUUGAAUCAGCAGCCAUGUUAGCUCAGGCUUCAUUAUAUAAACAACCAAGAUGGUUGGUUAUGUGGUCACAAUCAUUUUCUCCCAUUCAUUACUGUUGUACAACUCUACUGCCAGCUUUGGGGUCUGCUGUGGGGGCCACAGGUAUUGAAGUUUGUGUUCUUGUGACCCCAGCCUGAGGGUUUCUUGCUCAGAAGCCUUCUCAAGACCCAGAUCCCCCCACUUGCUGGCUGCUGAGGGGUGGGUGUGGAGACUCCAGAAGCAGGCAGAAGGGUCUCUGAAAGAGUAGCUUUAUUGGGAACAGGCUGCACAGGGGAUGAGACAGCUGCAGCCCAGUGGCUGUCCUACACACCACACAUAAAAAUGUACAUAGACUGUUUAAAAAAAAAAAAAGAAUUUUUUGUUUUUUUUAGACUGGCUGAUAAAAA